AAUUUUGGUGUUUAUUUGUGAUUAAUAAUUUUGAUUCUGGUGUUAAAAGAUAGCUGAGUUUCUGGUGAUCAGUAUGGUAUAUGAUUUGAGUACGAAAGAAUUGGAAUACAUGAAUUAUCAAGGAAUAAUAAAAAUGGUGAAAAUUACAGUAAUGGAAAACUGUGUGAAUUUAUUAUUGAAUAUUGACUCAAGUGAACUGAGCAAAUAUUUAAAUAAUACAACUAAAGAAGAAGCCAUGGAAAUUCAAAGAGUCUAUCGUCUAUUGACUGAGGACCCAAACUUUAAAAAGAAAAAUAAUAUUACAGUUAGAAAAGCCAAACAUCUACAAACAUUAAGUGAAUUAAUGAACAAUUUUGAUCCUGAAGAAUAUACUGAACCUCAACCAACAGUACAAAUUGAUAAAGCUUUGGAGAAGACGAAUUCGGAUGAUGAAAUCAAUGAUGACCAAGAGGAUGAAGAAAUUGAAUCAAUAAUAAUACCAUCGACUUCAUCAGAAGCGGGCCAAAUAUUAUUCAACCAUGAAAAAGAAAAGUUCAAGAUGCUCUUCAAGAAAUGAAAAGAAGAAGAUUAUUCAAAGAAAUACCAAAAACUGGAUCAAAUGGUCACCGAUAAAAGCUUCACCUUUGGCUCUAAUUUCUCAUAAAGAAUUAAACUCAACCCAGCUAUUUGAAAAAAUUUGUGAAGCUUUGGAUAAUAAUAUCAUUCCGGCAUAUAAAGAAAUCUCCUUUUUCAAAAAUGAAGGAAAUGUUAAAAUCAAAUCGUCAUCAGCGGAAAAGCUUCUUGAAAUCACCAUGAGAGUUGAACAUCUAAUAGAAGGCCUAGAAGUCAAAAGAUUUCAACCGAAAGUCCCUCGUAUUCGCCUUGUUGGUACGAAAUUUAUGUUUGAAUCUCCUGAAGUUUUAUUAUUGAAAAUUUUCAAAUUCAACAACUUCAUGAAUGAGAGAAACACUAAUUUGGUUCAAAAUAAACAAAGAGACAACAUAAAACGAGAUAUAUUAUUAUCAAUUACACCAGCCGUGAGAUCAAAACUUCAGGAUGAAAAUGGAAUCAUCACC